AUGUAUAUCAACACCAAGCAUUUGGGCAUUGCCCUCCUGGCUCCCAGUCUCGUUGCUGCCAAUUCGAUGAAGACACUCCUGUCCAAACGGGAUGCCACAACUUACGAGCAGAACGCCGUCUGCACUGCAGACCAACUUCUCCGCUCCUACGGAACAGUCAACACCGGCCUCUUCGGACAAGACCUCUGGUGGCAAUCCGGAAACUUCAUUUCUGCUCUGGCCACAUUUUUCCAACUUGACCCGAACUACGGCUCCAUUCACAACAACAUCUUCGCGACGACCCUCUCUGAAGCUCCCGGCUAUGGAAACUACGCCAACUUCCUCAACGGCUGGUAUGACGAUGAAGGUUGGUGGGGAAAUGCAUUCUUGGAUGUCUAUGACUACACAUCCGACUCUACCUACUUGAACCAGGCCAUCACUAUCUAUAACGAUAUUGUUGGAGGAUUGGGAACGCCAUGUGGUGGCAUUUGGUGGGACAAGGAUCACACCUACGUCGCUGCCAUCUCAAAUGGUCUAUACACUGAACUUGCUGCCGGUCUUGCUAACCGUGCAGGCGGCGGAAGUUAUCUCGCUAACGCCGAGGCAAAUUGGAACUGGUUCUUCAGCUCCGGCAUAGUCGGAUCCGACAAUAUCGUCAGAGACGGACUGAAUUCGGACGACAGCUGCUCGCUCAACGGCAAUGUCUUUACAUACAACCAAGGAGUUAUUCUCGGUGCCGCAGCAGAGCUCUACAAAGCUACCGGCAACCAGACCUACUUGGCCACCGCAGCAGCUCUUGCAGACGCCUCUACUGCUUCAGGAUCUGAUUUGACCAGCAGCAGCGGUAUCUUGACCGAAGGCUGUGACAAGAGCGCCAGCUGCGAUACCACCGCUGAAAUGUUCAAGGGCGCUUAUAUCCGCGGAUUGAGGAAAUUGCAGCUUGUCGACCCGGAAUCUAACUGGUUGAACUACAUCACUGCCAAUGCGCAGAGUUUGUGGAACAACGACCUCAGUGUUCAGAACGUCAAUGGCGAAUCGGAAUGUAUUGUUGGCUCUGCCUGGGCUGGUCCUUUCAACAGCAACCAGGCCAAUGCGGUCACUCAGGGAGCUGCUUUGGAUGCUCUUAACGCUGCUCUUGCAGCAACUCAGUAG